CUGCAUUAGAAACAUCGGAACAAUCAGAAUACUGUUUAAGGGUCGUGAAAAAUUAUUCGUUCCAAGGCGUUGUUUGUUAAUCAGCAACUGUUUCAGUUCAGAUCCGGUAACAUUCACAUACAGUGAAUAUUAAUUGAAGAUAUCCUCGUUAGAAAAUGGGAAAAAAUAAACAUGAUCUGGAGGACACUUCUGAUGACGAGUUUGUUGUGGAAACUGACACAGCCGUAGAAGAAGCUACAACCAUUCAAAGACUGAAAGAAUUUUCUUUCUAUCUAGUAGAGAAUAUUGAACUGAACCUCAAUUUGUUUCUCAAACUCUUAGAAGAAAGGGACGUCCCUGCCAAGCAAAAUAGUCUCUAUGUUACUGGACUGAGUCUAGCCCUAAAGGCAAUACCAAAAAUUGGAACUGGAGCCAGUGGCGCCCUUAGUAGUGGUGAAAAAUGGAUGCUCAACAAAAUUGAUAAGAAAAGUUCUAGAACCCUAGCCGAAAUUGUAUAUUAUUACAGUGACAACAAAGAAACGUUCAGGAAAAUAUUGAUUGAAUCUGCCGUUGAUAUUUUUUACAGCUUCGAAGAUCAGUUCAGAAAGCUGAGUUGCAAAGGGGGAGAAAAACGAGCAAUGCAAAAAUUAGCAAAGGAUGCCGUUGAUAGAAUAUUCUAUUAUUUCUUGGAGACAGAACAGAAAAGAGAUGUUACCAGGGAUGAAGUUACAAAAGGCGUUAUUUACGGAGAAUCGAGACGAAACUUGAAAGGGAUAAGACAAGGAAAUGAGGUUCAGAAUAAUGAAAUCAAGUGGAAAACUUGUAAAUUGUACACAAAAGUGGGAAUAGUUCUUGUCGACGAACACAAAUUUUACAGAGGUGAAAAUACCCAUACUAAAAAGUAUGGUCACCGCCGACUUUUUCCUUGGGAGAAUUCGGAUGACAUCAAAAAAACCUGGUAUGACGACGACUUCGUGGAACUGCCCAAAUAUACUUUAAAUAUAAAGGACGACUUGAUAAAAUCUAUAACUGAAUACAUCAUGUCAAAAAACACUUUUGAAGAAGCUAAACUGGAGAGGUUGAAAUACAGUGAACAAGCCGCAAGCGACAGGGAAGAGAAGCAAGAAGAAGUUCUUCAAGCGCUCGCAGACCAUUUCAAAGACAUGCUGGACGAAAUGGAAGUGCAAUUUCAAGAAAUCGCGGUGAAAAAUCGAGUAGAUAAUUCCCUUCUAGAAGAAAUUUCUAAAAAACAGGAUCAAGGCAACAGUUCGCAGGCAGAAAUAAUCGUAAAACUUGGAGAAAUCCAUAGCGAUGUAACAGAAACCAAACAUGUUCAGAUCGCAACAGCCGAAACAACUGAAGCUAUUAGAAGUGAAGUGAUUGUAAUCAAAAGUAACCAAGAAGAAAUGGCUGGUGCAAUGGUUAGAACCGAACAAGUUGAAGAAAUUGUCAAGUCUCAAACGAAAGAUAAUGUUAAAGAUAGUCUGAAAGACGUAAUUCGUGAUACGCUAAGAGAAAACGACCCAGGACCUAAAAUACAUGCUGAGAUUGAUAGAGCGGCAGAAAGACUGAAGAAAAAUGUUCCCAGGGAACUGAAAAAGUUUGAACAGAAACUCAGAAAAUUGUUUUGAAAUAUAUUAAAAUUAUUAGGAACAUGUGACCAUUUUGCUAGUAUAUUUUUUAUACAAUGUUUUAUUUGUCGGAAAAAUAUUUCCAGAACACGAAUAAAAUAAAAGAGUCUUCACUUA